AUGGCCGCCAAACAAGUUGCCCAGUCUGCGGGAAAAACUGUGUUUAAACCGCUUCUUUCGACGAGCCAUGCUGAAGCUAGACGAAGGGUAUUAAAUCUGUACAGAGCCUGGUGGAGAGAGGUACUAACAUACCAUUUAAUAUGGUCUUACGGUUUGAUUUAUAGCAUAAAAGCUUUGAAUGUUAUGCGCUAGAUCGGAGAUCAUUUCGGCGUUCAUAUGAGUUUUCAAUAUACUGUAAUACGAGGUCAACAUUCUCUAGAAUGUUUUCCAAAUGGAUGGACUACAGUAGUUGUGGAGAAAUCUGUACAGUUUUCACUCGUGUAGUUAUGAAAUGUGAAUUCACUCUAUGAAAUUCAAAUUAGAGUGAAAUUCUGAUGCGUGUUUUUCCUUCAAAAGCGAGGCUCGGCCAAAGGUUCUCUGGGAUCCAAUACAGUCAGGUACUCCGUAUUCCCUUAUCUCAAUACGGAUAUAAGUCAUGCUGUAUUUCGUUAAGUUUUUGAAGGAAGGUAACAAAAAGUUUGUAAAUUCUCAGCUCAAAUUUAGACAUUUUAAAGUUUCCGCAAUUUCAAGGUAUAUACUAUAGUGGGUAAUGUAUGAUUGAAUUUGCCAAACUCAUAUCUGUUUUUCCACAGAACUGGUGAUUUAGCCUUCUUUUUAAAAUUUCUUCUGUGUAUUCCACAUAUCUUCUAAAUGUAUCUUUUUAAAUGUAGGUUGACUGAAAGCUAAAAUGUGUUUGUAGUUUUCAUGUUUCAAUUUCCACAUCUACACAUAUAAUUACACUACCAGCUUCAUGCUCGAGUUUUCUGUAUCACUUUACAAAGGAACUUUGAUUUUAAAAGCUCAAAUCUUUCAUUAUUCUGAAAUUGAUACUUCAAAAUAAUAGCUUUUAAGAGCCCCUAAACUGCCCCCCCCCCCCCUUAUUCCUACCACCAACAGGUAGAUCUUGCCAAGAAGAAAAGGGUUGCCUCUCUUCAGAACACAAUUUUUACUGGAUCAAAUUUUAAAGUGCAAAGAAGAAAAGCAAGCUCACUGUUUGCAUUAAUCUGGCAACAGAAUUUAUCUCUUGUGUAACUGUAGCAUCGAGGGAAUUUUUAGAAAGUUCAUUCAUUGUGGCAACAUUUUGCUUGAUGCUUUAGCCAUAUCAUUAUGCCCAAAGUUAGGGAAUUUUUAUUAUCUUUAUUUUUAACAUUGAAGGUUCAUUCCAUUGAGGCCUAUCAGUUAGCAACUAUUUUGUUUGAUUGGCCACAUUUUGCUUGAUGCUUUAGCCAUAUCAUUAUGCCCAAAAUUAUGCUGGCAUAAUCGUACUUACCUUAGCUUUGGUUAUCUUUAUUUUUAACAUUGACAGGUUCCCCACUCCAUUGAGGCCUAUCAGUUAGAAAUCUCUACUAAGACUGGCCGUGCCAAGGUGCGAGAAGAAUUCAUGAAGAAUGCCCAUGUUCGGGAUAUCAGAGUGAUUGACAUGCUGGUAAUCAAAGUAAGUUUAGGGAAGGUUUUGCCUUUGUAUGGAUUUGUUUUAUGAUAGUUGCCAUCUGACGUGAAAAUUGUCACAACAUUUGAUGCCAUGCCCCCAUACUAAUUUGAUAAACCUGACUUUCAUGAUUUUUUUCAAAAAUAUCAAUGGAUAAAUUUUGUGAUUUGAAUCACCUAUUUUUCCAACCACCAAUUCGCAAUACAUGAGAAAUUUGAUCUUGAGGAGUCAUUAUGUGAAGUUAUUUUAGGGCUAUCACACACUGUUGUUAAUCUUAGAAGGUGAUAUGUAUCCUUUAUAAUCUUAACUUUGAAAUUCAGUCUACUGUUAGUAGGAGAUUUUGAAUAUGUAAUUUCUUUUUCUCUGUUUAAUAAGUAGAAAAUUUUAAUGAAAAAUUUGAGCCAUUACAAACUAAAUUUCUAGUGUGUUUUUGGUAUUUUUAUUUAAUGUAAGUUUUUCUACAUGUCUGUAAGAAUCUGAGUGAUAAUUUAAUAGGAGACCAUCUGUAGAAAUGACCACACUUACCUUUAUCUUUUUACAGGGUAAAAUGGAACUUGAAGAAACUCACAAGUUGUGGAAGCAGGCAACACAUGUCAUGCGUUAUUUCAAGGAAACACAAGAACCUAGAAAAACAGAGUUCAUGGAAAGAUUCUUUGAUGGAUAUGACUAG